AGGCCAGCGGGCGCCCCGCCCCCCGUGAGUAGUGACCGGUCGCCCGCGCCGCGCCGCACUAGGGGCUCCCGCGCCGCCGCUCGCUCACCUGUGUCCGCUGCCUGCCCCUCGGUGCGCGCCGGGCCCGCCCGCCGCCCACUGCCAGCCCGGCGCCGCGACCCGCCGCCCCCGCCCGCGCACCCCGAGCGCCACCAUGAACUCGCUCUUCAGGAAGAGAAACAAAGGCAAAUACAGCCCCACCGUGCAGACCCGGAGCAUCUCUAACAAGGAGCUAUCCGAUCUGAUCGAGCAGUUGCAGAAGAAUGCCGACCAGGUGGAGAAGAACAUCGUGGACACGGAGGCCAAGAUGCAGAGUGACCUGGCCCGGCUGCAGGAGGGCAGACAGCCUGAGCACCGGGACACGACCCUGCAGAAGGUGUCGGAUUCCGAGAAGCUACUGUACGUGCUGGAGGCGGACGCGGCCAUCGCCAAGCACAUGAAGCAUCCCCAAGGAGACAUGAUUGCCGAAGACAUCCGUCAGCUGAAGGAGCGUGUGACCAACCUCCGCGGGAAACACAAGCAGAUAUACAACCUGGUGGUGAAGGAGGUAGACCCCCAGGUCAACUGGGCGGCGCUGGUGGAUGAAAAGCUGGACAAACUGAGCAGCCAGAACUUUGGGACAGACCUGCCGCUGGUUGAUCAGCAGGUGGAGCACCACAAUAUCUUCCACAAUGAGGUCAAGGCCAUCGGGCCCCACCUGGCCAAGGACGGGGGCAAGGAGAACAGCGACCUCCAGGCCAAGUACCAGAAACUGCUGGCGGCGUCGCAGGCACGGCAGCAGCACCUGAGCACGCUGCGAGACUACAUGCAGCGCUGCACCAACGAGCUGUACUGGCUGGACCAGCAGGCCAAGGGCCGCAUGCAGUAUGACUGGAGUGACCGCAACCUCGACUACCCCAGCCGCAGGCGCCAGUACGAGAAUUUCAUCAACCGUAACCUGGAGGCCAAAGAGGAGAGAAUUAACAAGCUGCACAGCGAGGGGGACCAGCUGCUGGCCACCGAGCACCCUGGGAGGAACUCCAUUGAGGCGCACAUGGAGGCUGUGCACGCAGAUUGGAAGGAGUACCUGAACCUGCUCAUCUGUGAGGAGAGUCACCUGAAAUACAUGGAAGACUACCACCAGUUCCACAGGGACGUGAAGGCUGCUCAGGAGCUGCUGUGCAAGGUGGACUCAGACCUGAACCAGAAAUACAGCCCCGACUUCAAGGACCAGUACCAGAUUGAGCUGCUGCUGCGGGAGCUGGACGACCAGGAGAAGGCUCUGGACAAGUACGAGCAUGUGGUGCGGGGCCUGCAGAAGCGAGGGCAGCAGGUGGUGCCGCUCAAGUACCGCCGGGAGACUCCGCUCAAGCCCAUCCCUGUGGAGGCGCUCUGUGACUUUGAGGGCGACCAGGGCCUCAUCUCACGGGGCUACAGCUACACCCUGCAGAGCAACAACGGGGAGAGCUGGGACCUCACGGACAGCACAGGCAACAAGCUGACUGCCCCCGCCGUCUGCUUCGUGAUCCCCCCGACUGACCCUGAGGCCCUGGCUCUGGCCGAGAGCUUGGGCAGCCAGUACCGGAGCGUGCGGCAGAAGGCGGCCAGGAGCAGGAACGCACUCCAGCAGCGGCAUGAGGUGCUGAAGGCAGAGAGCCCUGGAGAUGCCUCUGACCAGCAGGGGCGGCAUCUGUUGGCUGGCUUGGACAAGGUGGCCAGAGAUCUAGACCGGCAGGAGAAGGCUAUCACGGGGAUCCUCCGGCCGCCGCUGGAGCAGGGCCGGGCUGUGCAGGACAGCGCUGAACGGGCCAAGGACCUGAAGAACAUCACCAAUGAGCUGCUGCGGAUUGAGCCCGAGAAGGCACGCAGCACGGCUGAGUGCCAGGACUUCAUGCAGGCCCUCCCGGGCAGCGGAAGCGUACCUCUGCUGAGGACCCGGGUCGACGACACCAACCGCAAAUACGAGCGCCUGGUGCAGCUGCUGGACUUGGCCCAGGAGAAGGUGGACGUGGCCAACCGCCUGGAGAUGAGCCUGCGGCAGGGCUGGGAGGCGCUGGCCGAGUAUGAGACCCGGCUGACCCAAGACGACACGGUGCCCGAGGGCAGCCGGGCCCUAGACAGCAAGAGGCAGGAGCUGGUGGCCCUGGCCUCCGCGCUGCAGGCCCAGGAGUCCCUGCUCGGUGAUGUGGAGCAGAACCUGCAGGCAGCCAAGCGCUGCUCCAGCUCCCUGGCCAGCCGCUUCCAGGAGCACUGCCCGGACCUGGAGCGCCAGGAGGCCGAGGCGCACAGGCUGGCCCAGCGCUCCGACAACCUCCGCCAGCAGGUGGAGCUCAGGGCCCAGAGCCUGCAGAACGCCAGGGCCGCGUAUGACGACUACCGCAGCAGCUACGACCACGUGCUCCAGUUCUUGUCCCACAUCCCCAGCUAUGAGCCCCAGGAGACAGACACCCUCAGCCAGAUGGAGACCAAGCUGAAGAAUCAGAAGAACCUGCUAGAUGAGAUAGCAAGAAGGGAAGAGGAAGUCCAGAAAGUCUGCACCUCCUCCCAGCAGUACCAGCAAGCUGUCAAGGACUAUGAGUUAGAAGCAGAGAAACUAAGGUCCCUUCUUGACUUGGAGAAUGGAAGGAGUAGCCAUGUCACCAAGAGAGCCAGGCUCCAGUCCCCCGCUGCCAAAGUGAGGGAAGAGGAAGCGGCUCUUGCUGCCAAGUUCACUGAAGUUAACGCCAUCAACAGACAGAGGCUUCACAAUCUGGAGUUUGCCCUGAGUCUCCUGAGACAGCAGCCGGAGGUGGGAGCGAGCCACGAGACCCCGCAAGGUAGCACCCCGGGCUCCGCGGUGGAGGAGACGUGGAAGGUACAGAAGGAGCUGGAGGAGGAGACUGAGCGGAGGCAGCAGCUGGAGAAGGAGGUCAAGAGCGCCCAGGAGGAGAUCCAGACCCUGCAGAAUCGGAGCCCGCCGGAAGCGGUGGUACAGAAGGAAGUGCUGAAGAAGGUGCCGGACCCCGCACUCGAGGAGAGCUUCCAGCAGAUGCAGCGGACCCUGGUGGAGGAGCGGCACAAGAACCAGCUGCUGCAGGAGGAGCUGGAGGGGCUGCGGCUGCGGCUGCGUGCCCUGGAGCAGGAGACCAGGGAUGGGGGGCAGGAGUACGUGGUCAAGGAGGUCCUGCGCAUCGAGCCGGACCGAGCCCGGGCGGACGAGGUCCUGAAGCUGAGGGAGGAGCUGGAGGAGCUGAGGCGGCAGAAGGGCACCCGGGAAGCAGAGGCAGCCCUCCUGCAGCAGCGCAUCGCGGCCCUGGCCGAGGAGAAGGAGCGGGCCCAGGAGAGGGUCACCGAGAAGGAGGUGGUGAAACUGCAGAACGACCCCCAGCUGGAGGCAGAGUACCGGCAGCUGCAGGAGGCCCGGCAGCAGGAGGGCAAGCGCAGGGAGGAGCACGAAGAGGAGCUGAGCUUCCUCCAGGACAAGCUGAAGAGGCUGGAGAAGGAGCGGGCCAUGGCAGAGGGGAAGAUCACAGUGAAGGAGGUGCUCAAGGUGGAAAGGGAUGUGGCGACCGAGAGGGAGGUCGGUGACCUCAAGCGCCAGUGUGAGGACGAGGCUGCCAAGGCUCGCACCAACCAGAGGGAGAAGACUGAGCUGCUUCGCAAGAUUUGGGCCCUGGAGGAGGAAAAUGCCCGAGUGCUGGUACAGGAGAAAGUGCGGGAGAUUGUCCGGCCGGACCCCGAGGCAGAGAGGGAAGUGGCCAACCUCCGCCUGGAGCUCGUGGAGCAGGAACGCAAGUACCGGGGGGCCGAGGAGCAGCUGAAGAGCUACCAGAGUGAGCUGGAGGCGCUCAGGAGGAGGGGCCCCCAGGUAGAGGUCAAAGAGGUGACCAAGGAAGUCAUCAAGUACAAGACUGACCCCGAGAUGGAGAAAGAGCUCCGGAGGCUCAGGGAGGAGAUCGUGGACAAGACGAGACUUAUUGAAAGGUGCGACUUAGAAAUCUACCAGUUAAAGCAAGAGAUCCAGUCCCUGAAAGACACCAAACCCCAGGUGCAGACCAAGGAGGUGGUCCAGGAGAUCCUCCAGUUCCAGGAAGACCCCCAAACCAAGGAGGAAGUGGAGUCUCUGCGGGCCAGGCUCUCAGAGGAACAGAAGAAGCAAGUGGAUCUGCAAAGAGAGCGAGCCUCCCAGGAGGAGAAGAUCAGGCAGAAAGAGGAGGAGCUGUCCCAGGUGAAGGAAAAGGUGGUCCAGCAGGAGGUGGUCAGGUACGAGGAGGAGCCCAGCCUGCGCGCCGAGGUGAACGCCUUCACCGAGAGCAUCGAGGUGGAGCUGCGGCAGAUCGACAGCCUCCGUGGGGAGCUGCGGCGGCUGCAGCGCCGGCGCGCAGAGCUGGAGCGCCAGCUCGAGGAGCUGGACCGCGAGCGGCAGGCGCGCAGGGAGGCCGAGCUGGAGGUGCAGCGCCUGAAGCAGCGGCUGGCCAACCUGGAGAAGGAGGAGGCGGAGGCCCGGGAGAAGGUGACCCUCAAGCAGAAGGUGGUGCUGCAGCAGGACCCGCAGCAGGCCCGGGAGCACUCUCUGCUCAAAGUCCAGCUGGAGGAAGAAAGGCACCGGCGGCAGGUCCUGGAGAGUGAGCUCGAGACCCUGACGCAGCAGCUCGUCAACCUGGAGAAGAUGGAGGUCAAGGAGAAGGUGGUCUUCUCUGAAAGCGUCCAGGUGGAGAAGGGCGACACUGAACAAGAGAUCCAGAAGCUCAGGAGCAGCCUGGAGGAGGAGAGCCGGAGCAAGAGGGAACUGGAUGCAGAAGUGAGUCGGCUGGAAGCCAAGCUGUCGGAGCUGGAGUUCUGUAACUCCAAGUCGUCCAAGGAGCUGGACUUCCUCAGGGAGGAAAACCACAGGCUGCAGCUGGAGCGGCAGAGCCUGCAGCUCGAGACCCGGAGGCUCCAGUCAGAAAUGGAAAUGGCAGCAACAGAAACCCGAGACCUGAGAACCACCAGCACGGCGGACUCGGGGACGAACCUGGACUCCAGGCUGUGGUCCCUGGAGAGAGAGCUGGACGACCUCAAGAGGCUCUCCAAAGACAAAGACCUGGAGAUCGACGAGCUGCAGAAGCGCCUGGGCUCCGUGGCUGUCAAGAGGGAGCAGAGAGAGAACCACCUGCGGCGCUCCAUCGUGGUCAUCGACCCCGACACGGGCCGGGAGCUGUCCCCAGAGGAAGCCCAUCGGGCCGGCCUCAUCGACUGGAACAUGUUCGUGAAACUCAGGAGCCAGGAGUGUGACUGGGAGGAAAUCUCGGUGAAGGGUCCCAGCGGGGAGUCCUCCGUGAUCCACGACAGGAAGUCUGGCAGGAAGUUCUCCAUUGAAGAGGCGCUGCAGAAAGGACGGCUGACCCAGGCUCAGUACGAGCGCUACGUCAACAAGGAUAUGUCCAUCCAGGAGCUGGCCGUCCUGGUGUCCGGGCAGAAGUAGGCCCAGCCCGGCCCUCCACCUUCUUGGAAGCAGCCAGCUGGCCAGCUGGCUCCCACCCAGAACCACUGGGUCUUCUCCUCCGUGGCCCUGUGCGGGCUCUGAACCUGUGCAGAGCUGAGCCCGUCACCCAAGCCCGUCACCCAAGCCCUUCUCGUGGUCAUGCACCCUGGGUGAGGGACCCGCUUCAUCCUCUGAUGAUCGGACAACCACAAUGCCCCUCUUCUGUCCCUUUUCCCACACAUUUCCAUCAGUAGACUCUUCGUGUGACACCUGGAAACGACCCAAGAAACUAAAGCCAUGACGACCGAGGCGGACGAGCCACUCCACGCUCCGGCCUUCACACCCCACGUGGAGGCGCCCCAGGGCAGAAAGGCCUCCCUUCCACACACGUGUAGGUAUACCAACGGACUGGGCCCCUCACGGCUGCCAACCUGCACUCGUGGCCCCCCCCAGGAUUCUGGCUGAGAGCCCACUUUCUGUCAGAAGCCUCCUGGUGACAGAGAUCUGGGCUCUGUGCCAGAAGAGGCGCAAAGAAACCAGAACAGUGUAUGGCCUUCGGUGCUAGAGUGAAGGUUAACUGUCAGCCAGACUGUCCACCAUCAGAAAAUGUAUUGUGGUUCUCAAAAUAUUUUCAUGAUGGACUGUGUUGCUGUUAGCCUUAGUUUCAGUGCCUUACAAGUCUUGUGUGUUAGCUCACUGGUAUUUGGGUAUGCUACACAUUUGAUUCUUCACCAGAUGAAUUUUAUGUUCUGUGUUAUCUCACGUAUUAUGGAAGAAAAUGGGAUUAGGGAUUCUAUUUCUAGUGCAAAAUAAACACCUGGGUGGCUUGAUUCUAUCUUCAUGGCGUUUCUUCUUUUGCAUGCGAAGCUUAAUUAUUUCCCCUGCUCCUCUUGGCUUUUGGCCAAAAGGGAUAUUCCACAUACACCAGCUCUUAGGGGAGGAAAAAUUGGCUCAAAUAUGGUAAAAAGAAGGAGAAAUGAUGUUUUGGAAACCUUGAAACAAUUUAUUGAGUUGCUUUAUACAAGAUUAACAAUUUUCACACCACCCCCCAACACCAACAUCGUCGCACCGCACAAAAGCCACAGCCCCUCUCACACCUAAGGAACGGCUGCUCCAAGGAAAGCCCCGCAGCGCCGCAGCCCCAGACCCCGGGGAGCCCGCUCUGCCAGCCCGUCUGCCCAGCCAUGGCUGUUUAGGUCAUUCACUCUUUCAUUACCACAAAUAAAGCAUAAAGAAGAAAAAGAAAUCUCGUAAACUCCCCAUCAAAGAAACGUUUCCCUGAGGCAAGAGGCAUCACUAGAUUCCUAAAAAUGAGGGUUUUCAGCUCCAGCUGCACACUCAAUGGUACGUGGGGAGGAGGGUGCGAGCGCUGCAGGGAAGGGACCCUGGGUGUUCUUGGGCCAAGAAGCCUGGAGAGUUCCCACUGCUCAGUGUUCACGGAAGGCCUCUGCACGGCUCUGAGCUCAGCGAUACAAAUCUCUUCUUUGGCUCUUUUGCUACUACCUAAGACUACUCUGUAAACAAACUGGAAACCCAAGUUGCAAAAAAAAAAAAAAAAAAAAUAUAA